CCUGUGCGACCGCUCUAGGCGCUUACCUGUGGCAUCCAUCGCCUAUGUCGCCGCCUCUGUAGGCUGUGGGUGCCGGCUCUGUGACCCAGGUGGGGCGGGCUAGCAGGACGGGGUCCGUGGAGGCAGCCGAGUGGCGGUCCCGGCGGGGCCUCCGUCCGCGCGAGGUGCGAGGUAGAGCCGCGUAGGCCGUGCGGCCCGGGCCCCGCGGCACAGAAAGUAUUUUUUCGAGAAGAAAUGGCAUCCAGCAUUGAAAAUGAAAAGAGUGUGAAUCCUGUGCUCAGAAUAAGUCAACUUGAUGCUCUUGAACUAAACAAAGCUCUGGAACAACUAGUGUGGUCCCAGUUUACCAGCUGUUUUCAUGGAUUUAAACCAGGGGUGUUGGCUCAUAUUGAACCAGAAGUUAAAGCAUUUCUGUGGCUUUUACUGUGGAGAUUCACCAUCUAUUCUAAGAAUGCAACUGUGGGACAGGCUAUUUUGAAUAUUCAGUACAAGAAUAACUUAUCUCAGACAGAGAAAUACCAACCUCUGAGCAAACACCAGAAGUUAUGGUAUCUUAUUUUCACUGUUGGUGGAAGAUGGCUGGAGGAAAGAUGUUAUGAUUUCUUUAGCAAUCGCCAACUGCAAUCUGUCAGCAAAAUCAAGCAAUAUAUUAAUUUUGGAGCUGGACUUCUUAAAAUUUGCGGACUUGUAAAUUUUCUGAUUUUUCUUCAGAAAGGAACAUUUGCAACACUUACUGAACGCAUUCUAGGAAUUAAGUCAGUUUUUUGCAAACCACAGAAUGCUCGCCAGGUAGGAUUUGAAUACAUGAACAGGGAGCUGUUGUGGCAUGGCUUUGCUGAAUUUCUGAUCUACUUGCUGCCACUUAUUAAUGUACAGAAACUGAAACUCAAAAUUUGUUCUUGGUGUUUGCCUAUUGCCAAUCUUUCUAAUAGUGAAAAAACAUUAGCAGCUCACUACAAGGUGUGUUCACUGUGUGGGGAAUGGCCUACCAUGCCACAUACCAUAGGCUGUUCACAUGUGUUUUGUUACUACUGUAUUAAAAGUAACUAUUUACUUGAUAUGUAUUUUACCUGUCCUAAGUGUGGCUCAGAGGUACACAGUCUUCAGCCACUGAAAUAUAAAAUUGAGAUGACAGAAUUACAUAUCUAAUGAGGAGGUUGUUCUGUUCUUGUACUGCAUAUGAAAUAUAUUAAAGAUGAAUGGAAAAGAAUCAGAAAUUACUGUAAUCAGACAGCUUGAAAGACAGCUUUGGAAAUUCUUUAAGCCUUUUCUGGUGUUAUUUUUUUUACUGAGUAACAGUGCCAACUUGCAUCUCUGAAGAAAGGAAAACAAACAAGUUUGCAGGUUCUUCUACUCUCUCAGACUACUUGAUCCCAUUUUGGUACCCCUAUGUUGUCUUCUUAGAUCAUGGUCUGGCAAUCUACCGCUUCCUAAGUUUAUGCUGUAUUCUUCCCUCAAGGGUAGAUGAGAAGAUACUCGAUUCACUUGGUGGAUUUUCUCAGCAUUGUUUUAAAAGUUUCUGCUAUUGCCAACGUAGCUGUAUGGAUUUUGUGCAGAGGUCAUCCUAGUCACACCUAAAGAAUAGUUUUAACUUUGAAUAUUUAAAAUUUGAAUUUACAGUAUAAUGCGCCACAGAUAAAGAGCAAGGUAUAAGAUGAAGUUUUACAUCGAAUGAUUGUUAAUAGCUUUCAUCACAUUCAGUCACCAUGACAAGGCAUUUUCUUUUUGUAACUUGUAAUUGCUUUCUUACAAAUAGAUCAUUAGCUUCAAGUGAUCCAUUUGUCAACAGACAAAACAUUAACUUGUGCCCACAAGAGAUACAACCAUCUCCCUCCUGAUCAAAGUGCUUCUUCAUGAGGUAACCCACUUUCUCACCUAUACGUAUGCCUUUGAUCUUCAGUGAUUCACAUGUGACCACAUCCUGCUUUUCCUGUCAAGCUGAGGGAUCCAGUCCGUCACCUAUUGGAACGUGGAAGCUUCCUGUGGUAACCCACAUUAUUCCACAUUAUUCUUAAUCAGACACUGUAGGAAAAAAAAAUAAUAAAAAAAAAACCACAAACAAAAAAAACUAUUUAAUUACAAGAUUAUCAUCUUGUAAUCUCUCAUUAUUAUCUCAUUAUCAUCUUGACAUCUCUCAUGUCAUUAGUGAUAGGACCAGAGGGAAUGGUUUCAAGCUAUGGCAGGGGAGACUCAGGCUGGACAUGAGGAAGUAUUACUUUUCAGAAAGGGUGGUCAGGCACUGGAACGGACUGCCCAGGGAGGUGGUGGAGUCACCGACCCUGGGGGUGUUCAAGGAAAGGCUGGAUGUUGUGUUGAGGGACAUGGUUUAGUGGGAGCUAUUGGUAAUAGGUGAACGGUUGGACUGGAUAAUCUUUUAGUCUUUUCCAACCUUGGUGAUUCUAUGAUUCUAUGAUUCUAAGAUGCUUUCUUUGGGACUUGCAGUUCUUUCUUUGGUGUGGUCAGGCUAGGUGCCAAACCUCACUAACAGCUAUGUACCACACAGAAAAUAGAUCAAGCCCAGAUGUGUGUGUGUAGACAUACCAAAAAGAUAGGUAACUGUUUCUGUUUUGAAGUAGUACUAUUUGUUUUCUCUGUUGGCUUCAUGAUGUUUUUAUUCCCUUUUUAAGGCUUCAUCCAUUUACUCUCUUUAUGUUUGUUUGUUUUUUCAAAUUUUCAGUCCUUUCUUAACAGAAAUCUUUACCCAAUAGUAUGUAAUUAACACAAAAAUACAUUUUGUCCUGCUUUGGCUCUUAGAAUUUGUAACUGAAGCAGAAUAAUGAUAUUAAUAAAAAUGCUGGAAAACUCUUCAUA